AUGCCGUACGCCCCGACCGACAGCGGCCCGGAGCGGCGGGCGCUCGUGCACCGCGAGUCGGAGCACAAGGCCACCCUCCGGCACCGGGUUACCGUAAACGACGUCGUCCAGGAUAGCUUGCGCCGUGCGUUGGGCGGCGGGAUUGCGGGCGCCGGCGCAAUGGCCUUCCAGGUGACCACGCUCAUGUGGAUCCGUACCACGAUCACUUUUCAGUAUCGCUACGGGUCGACUACGCGCGAGGCGAUGCGGACGCUCUACGCGCAGGGCGGGGUGCGCCGCUUCUACCAGGGCGUCGCCCCCGCCCUCGUGCAGGCGCCCCUGUCGCGUUUUGGUGACACGGCGGCCAACGCCGGGGUCAUCUCGCUCCUAAACUCCAACGAAUCGUCGGCGUGGCUGCCAACCGGCGUCAAGACGCUCGCGUCCGCAUCGGCGGCCGCCGGCUGGCGCGUCAUCCUCAUGCCGCUCGACACGGUCAAGUCGAUGAUGCAGGUGGAGGGGCCGGAUGGUCUCUCCAAGCUACGCGCCAAGCUCCGGACCGGUGGCCUCGCGGUGCUCUUCCACGGCGGCGGUGGCCUCGUCAGCAGCGCCUUCCUCGGCCACUACCUGUGGUACGGCACCUUCAACCACCUUGAUACGGUGGUACCAAAGCAGCAGGGGCUUGCGCCGACGCUGGGCCGCAACGCCGCGGUCGGAUUUGUCGCCAGCGCGGUGGCCGACACGGCGACCAACUCGCUGCGCGUAGUCAAAACUUUCCGGCAGACGUCGCUGGAGAGUGUGACCUAUGCGGAGGCAGCCCGUCUGGUUGUACAAUCCGACGGGUGGAGCGGCCUCUUUGGACGCGGACUUGCCACCCGGCUGCUCGCAAACGGCUUUCAGGCUGCCAUCUUCAGCGCCAUGUGGAAGUACCUCGAGCAGCGGUUAGUAAGGGGGCGGUGA